GGAGCUUUAUUACGGUAAACAUUUUUAGCGUUGUGUAUCUGAUUGUGCAAUUUGGGAAUUUGUCUUGAAUUUUUGUAUUUUAUUCGUAUUGUUUCCUUCCUCUUCGCGAAAGAAUGAGUAACUCGUCCGCUUCGUCCCUGUCCGAAGCAGAUCGUCGCAAGAUAGAGGCAAACCGGCGGCGAGCGCUCAACCUUCGCCAGGCACGACUCACGGCACAUCCUUACGGUGCGGCCAAUGGAAAGUCGCGUCCACCGGAAACGGCCAUUGCAGUUAAUAAUGUGAUUAAGGUUUCGGGAACGAAGUUCAUCGAUAGCGGGGGUGGAUUUCUUAUUGAACAGCGUACCUGCGUGGAUCCAAGCGAAGAAGAAAAACCCGUCGAUGAACGUGAGGUUCCAACGGAAGCCGUUCCGGUUCCGAUCGAGUACGAUGAGUGUUUGGAAUGUGGCGACCGGUUCGCUGACUCGUAUCUACUGAACACGUUCGAUUAUAAAGUUUGCGAUGCAUGCCGGGAUUCCGAUGGGAAACAUUCGCUGAUAACGCGUACUGAGGCGAAACAGGAAUAUCUGCUGAAGGAUUGCGACCUGGAUAAGCGGGAACCGAUUCUUAAGUAUAUCAGCCGAAAGAAUCCGCAUAAUGUGCGCUGGGGCGAAAUGAAGCUGUAUCUUCACAUGCAAAUUGAGCAACGUGCUUUGGAGGUUUGGGAAUCGGAGGAUAACUUGAUAAAGGAGAAAGAACUGCGGGAGGAGAAACGAGAAAUCACUAAGGUCAAGAAGUACAACAAACGUCUGAAGGAGCUGCGGAUGGACGUUCGAAGCAGUUUGUAUGAUAAAACUAUCCAGAAUCAUGUUCACAGCUGGGGCGAGAACGAAGAGUACAACGAGGAAGAAGACACCUACACGAGGACCUGCGAGACUUGCAAUCACAAGGAAACAUACGAGAAAAUGUGAAAUUUCCUGUUCGUUUCCAAUCGUAUUCUCAUCAUAUUUGUUAUUAGUGAACGUAAUUUUUAAGAUUAUCAUUAAAACAGAUAAUUCCGAUACAUAUUUUGUUGCCUAUUUAAACAAA